CACUCUAUCCAACAUGGUGACACCACCCAACAUAAUACGUGACAUUAGCCAAUUCACUUUUGGUUAUGUGGAUUAUGGUGUAUUUGUGUUCAUGCUUUGCAUUUCGGCCAGCAUAGGAGUCUACUUUGGAUUUUUUGCAAAGAGCGCGGAUACCACUGAAGAAUAUUUACAUGGUGGCAAACAAAUGAAAACAUUACCCAUAGCCAUUUCCCUGGUAGCCAGUCAGUUGUCGGGAAUUUCCAUUAUGACCAUACCCGCGGAAUUAUACACCUUUGGUAUAACAUGGUGCUUUAAUGUGGUCUCCAUGAUUUUAAUAGUGCCGAUCUUGAUUUGGAUUGUAAUACCGGUCUUCUACAAUAAUAAUAUAACCAAUUGUUAUGAGUAUUUGGAAAUUCGUUUUAAUCGGCAAACCCGCCAGAUUCAAACAGUGGCAUUUAUGAGUACUCUAUUCUUGUUUUUGCCAGUUUUUAUUUUCAUACCAUCAUUGGCUUUUUCACAGGUAUCUGGAUUUAAUAUUCACCUUAUCAAUGUUAUUGUUUGUGCCAUAUGCGUCUUUUAUACCAUGUUUGGUGGUAUCAAAGCAGUCGUCUGGACGGAUGUGGUACAAGGCACUAUAAUGGUUAUAUCAGUUGCUUUGGUAUGCAUUUUGGGUGUUAUUAAGGUGGGUGGUAUCGGAGAAGUGCUACGCCUUGCUCAAGAAGGACAGCGUCUGCAUGUUAACUUUGAAUUGGAUGCCACAACACGCAUGACUUUCUGGAAUGCUUUUAUCUCAUCUACCUUAACAUGGGUGGCUUAUGUGGGUCUCAAUCAGAGCUGUGUGCAGCGCAUUGUCUCUUUGCCCACUUUGAAAAAUGCUCAAAAUUCCCUUUUCAUUUUUGGUGCUGGCUUUUUGCUUAUCAUGUUCUUCACUUCCUUUACCGGCGUUGUAAUGUAUGCCCGUUAUUACGAUUGCGAUCCCUUGACUGCCGGCUAUGUUAGCAAAGCCGAUAAACUUAUGCCCUUCUUUGUGCAAGAUGUUGCGGGUCAUUUGAGAGGAAUGCCUGGUAUCUUCAUUUCAUGUGUCUUUAGUGCAGCCCUUAGCACAAUGUCAGCUGGAAUGAACUCAUUGGCCGGUGUUGUCUACAUUGAUUAUAUCAAGCCUUACAUUCGCCAUACGGAACGUCGUGCCAAUUUUAUAAUGAAAACCUUUGUUUUCCUUACCGGCUGCUAUUGCAUUGUGGGUGGCACUGUGGUGGAGAAAUUUUCCUCGAUUCUACAGCUGAUCUACUCGAUUGGUGGUGUUACCUUUGGUUCGGUCAUUGGUGUGUUCAUGUUGGGAAUGUUAGUGCCGCGAGCACAUGGAAGAGCUGCUAUUUGUGGCGUCAUCAGCAGCUUAUUGUUUAUGUUGUAUAUUGUGACUGCAUCACAGGGCAGAAAUCAUUAUGAGCCCUUGCCGAGUUCGGUGGAAGCAUGUCCAGCUUUAAAUGUUACCACCAUUCCACUGUUUUCGAAUUUAUCUUUGUCUCACAAUCAUAACACUUCCAUUGACAAAGGAUUUAAUAUACUCGAUUUAUCCUUCAAUUGGUACGUUACUCUGGGAACUAUUAUCGUAUUCGCUGUUGGAAUUCCUCUCAGCUACAUCCUCCCACCUGAUAAAGGUACCAAAUUCGAUGUAAAGCUAUUGUCACCUAUCAUUCAACCCUUUGUCAAAUAUGAACUGGCCGAAACGGAAGAAGUGGUUGAAGUUGUGAUGGCAAACAUGAAAACGUAAAUUUCACACCAACAACUCAACUUAGAAAUUUAGAUAAAUAUUUAUUUUAGUGUCUGACAUGUAGCUAUAAAAAUCUCUUGUUUUUGCCAUAUACAUACGUAUAUAUGUAUAAACUUGUGUAUCUGUUAAAAUAGAGAUUAAGUGAAUGUAGAUAUUUACACUUCUAUGUACUUGCUAAGAUAUUUAAAAAAUAGUUAAUGUUAGAUAAUUAUUGCAGCUAAUUAGAUUUUAUCUCAGGGUUUAGGUUAUAUUUGAAAGACGUCACUUUGUUGUCACAUUUUGUGCCGACAAUUUAUUUCAGCAAAAAUUCAACAUCACCUUUAGUUGUAGUUUCACACUAAGUAUCACCAUGAGUAAACAUAAAUGUUGUCUGAGAUAAAAUGCUAUGACGGCUAUGAAAUUAAACUGCCACUCACUUAUGUCCAUCGCAGAUGCUCUGAAAUCGUUAAAUGGUUGUAGAAGAAACUGAAAGCUUUUAUAGUUUAAAGC